CCACCUCGACAUCUGCACACAUUUCCCCCAACACCGUUGCCCAGCAUGAGCUACGGUAAAAAAGACGAAGAUGCCGACCUGGGGCUUGUCAAGGUAGACCGCUCGCAGGUCUUCCAGGAAGCGCGACUCUUCAACAGCUCCCCGAUUCAACCCCGACGAUGCCGUAUCCUGUUAACCAAGAUCGCCCUGCUCCUCUACACCGGCGAAUCCUUCCCGACCACUGAAGCAACCACUCUCUUCUUCGGCAUCUCCAAACUCUUCCAGAACAAAGAUGCCAGUCUCCGACAAAUGGUCCACCUUGUCAUCAAGGAGCUCGCCAACUCCGCCGAGGAUAUCAUCAUGGUUACUAGCACAAUUAUGAAGGAUACGGGAGGCGGCAGCGAGGCCGUGUACCGACCCAAUGCUAUUCGAGCCCUCUGCAGAAUCAUCGACGCUUCUACUGUGCAAUCGAUCGAACGAGUUAUGAAGACAGCGAUUGUGGACAAGAACCCCUCCGUCUCGUCUGCUGCCCUUGUUUCAUCUUACCACCUGCUGCCAAUCGCCAAGGAUGUUGUUCGUCGCUGGCAGAGCGAGACUCAGGAGGCUGCGGCCUCUGGCAAGUCUGGCGGUGGCUUCUCUCUUGGAUUCUCGUCCGGUAGCGCUCUCCCUAUCAACAGCUCCAACAUGACUCAAUAUCACGCCGUUGGUCUGCUCUACCAGAUGCGCUCGCACGAUCGCAUGGCUCUCGUCAAGAUGGUUCAACAGUUUGGCGCCCCUGGUGCUAUCAAGAGCCCCGCCGCGCUAGUCAUGCUCGUCCGUUUGGCCGCACAGCUCGCCGAGGAAGAUGCUGGUCUGCGCAAGCCCAUGAUGCAACUCCUCGACGGCUGGCUGAGACACAAGAGCGAAAUGGUUAACUUCGAAGCCGCUAAGGCUAUUUGCGACAUGAGAGAUGUCACUGACGCCGAAGUCAACCAAGCUGUUCAUGUCUUGCAGAUGUUCCUCACCUCUCCCAGAGCCGUUACCAAGUUUGCAGCUCUCCGUAUCCUCCACAGCUUCGCGUCCUUCAAGCCUACAGCAGUCGCUGCCUGCAACCCCGAUAUUGAACUCCUCAUUUCCAACUCCAACAGAUCCAUCGCCACCUUUGCUAUUACGACAUUGCUCAAGACUGGUAACGAGGCUAGUGUUGAUAGAUUGAUGAAGCAAAUAUCGACCUUCAUGUCGGAAAUCACAGACGAGUUCAAGAUCACCAUUGUGGAGGCUAUCCGCACGCUAUGCCUCAAGUUCCCCAGCAAGCAGGCCGGUAUGCUCUCCUUCCUCAGCGGCAUCCUCAGGGACGAGGGUGGCUUCGAAUUCAAGCGCGCUGUGGUUGAGAGCAUGUUUGACCUUAUUAAGUUUGUUCCCGAUUCCAAGGAUGAGGCUCUCGCCCAUCUCUGUGAAUUCAUUGAAGACUGCGAGUUCACGAAGCUUGCCGUCCGCAUUCUUCACCUCAUUGGUAUCGAGGGCCCCAAGACUGCCCAGCCCACCAAGUACAUCCGAUAUAUUUACAACCGUGUGGUUUUGGAGAACGCCAUUGUUCGAGCUGCUGCGGUCACUGCCCUCGCCAAGUUUGGUGUUGGCCAGUCUGACCCUGAAGUCAAGAGCAGUGUCAAGGUUCUGCUUACCAGAUGCUUGGACGAUGUCGAUGAUGAGGUUAGAGACCGUGCUGCCCUCAACCUGAAGCUUAUGGGAGAAGAGGAUGACGAGACGGCGCGCAACUUUGUUAAGAAUGAAAACAUGUUUGCUUUGCCAUACUUUGAGCAUCAGCUUGUCAUGUAUGUCACAUCUGACGACAAGGACAACUUUGAUACUCCCUUCGAUAUCUCCAAGAUCCCCAUCGUCACCCGCGAACAGGCCGAUGCCGAGGAUCGUACCAAGAAGCUCACAGCCACGACGCCUACGCUCAAGGCUCCUAAGGUUGAUGCUGUCAAGGCACCUGCCACUGGUGCUGAGGCUGCUGCCUCAGCAUCUGCUCAGGCCCAGCGUUACAACGAGGAGUUGAUGCAGAUUGACGAAAUGAAGGAGUUUGGCUCGGUUCUCAAGUCAUCGCCAGUUGUCGAAUUGACUGAGGCGGAGACUGAGUACGUUGUCAGUGUUGUCAAGCACAUCUUCAAGGAGCACAUUGUGCUGCAGUUUGAGAUCAAGAACACUCUCCCCGAUACUGUUCUCGACAAUGUCUCUGUUCUAGCUACCCCUGCUGAUGAUGAGGAGCUUGAGGAGGUCUUCAUCAUUCAGUGCGAUAGACUUGCUACCAAUGAGCCUGGCAAGGUCUACGUUGCCUUCAAGAAGGUUGGUGGCGAAGGUACCAUGCCCACGGCAUCCUUCUCCAACGUUCUCAAGUUUACUUCCAAGGAAAUCGACCCUUCGACAAAUACUCCUGACGAGCCCGGUUACGAUGAUGAGUAUGAGGUAUCAGAGUUUGACCUCUCUGGCAGCGAUUAUAUUAUUCCCACCUUUGCCAGCAACUUCAGCCACCUGUGGGAGCAGGUCGGUGCUUCUGGCGACGAGGCCGAAGAGACCCUUCAGUUGAGCGCCAUGAAGAGCAUUGCAGAGGCUACCGAGCAACUGGCCCAGGCUUUGUCGCUGCAGCCGCUUGAAGGAACCGACGUUCCUAUCAACACUAGCACACACACGCUCAAGCUACUGGGCAAGACCGUGGGCGGAGGCAGAGUCGUUGCGACAGUACGCAUGGCCUUUUCCUCAAAGUCGGGAGUCACAACCAAGAUUACCGUUAGAAGUGAAGAGGAGGGUGUGGCGCCGUUGGUUAUUGCAUCGGUGGCUUAAAAAGAUGGAGGAUGGAUGGCGUUGUGGUUUAAUAAGUACAUUGAAAAAUUAGAGCCGUAACGAAAAUGCAUAGUUCAAUGUUUCCUAU